AUGAUGUACUGGAUUUUGGCAUCCAUUGGACUCUUUGUGUUUCUGACUCCAACCUUGGCACAGUUUACUAGUGGCCCUAAAGAUCUAGAGAUGAGCCUGAAAUGUGAUGCUGAUAGCAUGAGACUGAAGGUUCCAAAAAGGGUGCUUGAUGAGUUGGGAAUAAAUGCCUCUCUCCUGCACAUGUCCAAUCCAGAGUGUAAGAUGCAGGAUACUAUGGAUCUGCAUGUGUCUGCCAUUCUGACACGUGACAACCACACACUAUGUGGCACCCAAGUUACGGUCAAUGGAAGUCAUUUGAUUUACUCCAAUGAACUGACCACUGAGACUAGCUUGGGACAGGGGCAAGAGGCCUCGGGAAGGCUAAUUUCAAGAUCAUCUGAUGUCCGUAUCAAAUUCUCCUGUGUCUAUGACUUUCAGAGUGUUGUGUCUCUGCCAUAUCAGCUUCUGACCAUUGCAUCGAUGGUGACCUUUAUGGUGAAGGAGGGAAUGUUUAACGUGACCAUGACACUCCAUCCCACAUCAGAGUUCUUGGAUACUUAUGAAAAAAGUCCAAUUAUCCCACUCAGUCACAGGUUCUAUACACGGCUUCAAAUUUAUGGGCAUACGGUAGAAACCUUUAGACUCAAAUUGGAGGAGUGCUGGGCAACCCCUUCAGCUAAUCACAGCGACAAGAUAAGACAUCCAAUCAUCAUUAAUGGAAAAGCCAAUGACUCUACAGUGGAAAUUCUUAGCACAAAAGACUAUUCACUGGCUUGCUUCUCCAUGCAGAUGUUUCACUUUAUUAAUUACACAGAUGUCUAUCUGCACUGCCGCAUUUGGCUGUGUCAUAUCAACAACACCCAUUGCAGUGAUAAGGAUAAAUCAAGUAAUGGACGUUACACAAGAGCCCUGAGUGACCCCUACAGGAAGAUUGUGUCUUAUGGGCCCAUAAAGUUAACCAAAAUUGCAAGUUCCACUAUAGAAAAGUCUGACUCGGGUACGGUUUGGAAGUAUUAUUUGGCUUAUACUACCAGGAAUCUUGGCAGCUGGUUUAAUGAUUUUGGUGCUCCUUGCAGUUUCUAUUGCCAAAGUAUUGAUGAGAACUCGGCAUCUGAAGAGAUGACUUCUACUGCUGUUAUCUCAUAA